AACAAAUUCUCCACUUUCAAAAAUGAACAAGAACGAGUACAUGAUGCAUCUUCUUGCCAGAACCAUUAGAACAAGAAAUGAUGAUAUGAUCACUCCACUCAUCACCCAACUAGCCGAUAUGCAAGUAUCCAUGGAUAUUCUGGAGAAACACAACUUCCCAGCUCUUGUAGCCGAGUAUGCUCCAUUCAAUAAAGCUGCGCAAAGCUUGUCCCACAGUGUUCUUGUCUGGAAAAACGAUGAACUUGCACAGGAAAAAUCGUAUAUGUUGAAGGAAUUCGUAAGAAUUUGCAAGGAUCAGCAUCAGCCGGAGGAGUUUUUGCUUCGACUUACAUGUUCCUUAAUCAAUUUAAACGAUUUCGAACUUACCAGAAGCUGCUUCGACAUUAUUGUCAGUUUUGGCCUAACUUUGAACGCUUAUGAUGAGUUUGGAAUUUUCCGAAAAGCAAUGGAAUACCAGGGACAGAUGGAAGAAGCUGACAAGAUUAUCUCAGAUGUUGAUGCGAUGCUUCUCCGGAAUGAGUUUUUGGAGGAAGAUGAAGCCGAGGAACAAGCUGAUAAUGAGAUGGAUGCUUUUGAAGAAGAAGGUGUCGAGGAAGUAGAUCAGGAAGUAGUUGAUUUCAAUGAUAACGAGUCUGUUAUCAGUGAGACGGAAUCAGGGGUUUUCACAGAUGAGGAGCUUGAUAUGGAAGAUCACGCGGAAGUUAUGAGAAGACAUGCACAGGAUCAAGCACUGGUCUCUGAAAUCUGCAUGGUGUUCCUUGCAGGAUGUAUUAAAUCAGGAAGAAGUGAUGUGAUCUCUGCAGCAAUUCAAUUCACUGGAGCAUUCUUCUAUCCAUUGGCAUUGCUUCGAAAGUAUGAUAUCCAAUACUUGAUCUACUGCUAUGGAAGUCAUAACGAGGAUGCCGAACUUCUGAUGAAUCAUAUCAAGCAUCUUCAAGCCAUAGAAAUCGCUGGAGAGCGACAAGAGUUCUUCAAAAUGUUCAUGGAAACAACUUUUCGCAAUGCCGAAACAGUCACCGAUUCUGUGAUGGCUCAAAUGAAAGGAUUUCUGGAAGAUGGCGAUGAUUUCAUGAUUUCCUGCACAUUGCAUGUCUUCCUUAAAAUGCCAAUUACACUCAGCCAAUUCAAGAAUAGCCACGUGGAAGCCUGCCUAGAAAAUCUUGAAUCAGGACUUGCUGCACAACUUGGUUUUAUGCUGAAAAUGAAGAUUCAGUUAUUGGAGCAGAUUGACUACGAAAUUUGGUAACUUUUCAGUAGUUUUACUACUCACUCCAUUUCUUUAUAUUAUGCUCCAUAUACUCCAAAUUCAAUUGUGUUCUCUAAUUUUAAUACCGAUAUUUCUAAAAUUCUUGUCAUUUGUUUUAAUUCUAAAGAUGUUAAUCUACUUUUUUUUUGUUUUAAUCACAUAACUAAUCAUUAUUUCUAAUAAAAUUUCUAUAAUUCUAAUCUUUAUUGC